GGGUGUCAGUCAACGGUGAUGCCAAGCCACGGCCGAGUCCCUCGCCGCCGCCCACCGACCUUGUAGAAAACGAGGCAGGCUGACGGCUGAGCAGAGGCGGGGGCCAGUGGGGAGCGGCGGGCCAGGGUGCGGCGGGUGUCAUGUCUCGAGCUGCCAGUAUUGAAGCUGACGCCACACGUGUUGGUUGUUCCCGCCGCUCGGCGCUCCCGCCACAACGCCACGAGUUUCCCCGCGACCUGAGAGUGCCACAAGUAGCCCCCAGCUGGAGGGGUGACCAUGAAAACUGCCCACCUACGCCAGGCAACAACGGGAGACUAUCUGCGAGGAGUUGUUUAUCGCAGACUCGCGCCAGCGUUAGGCGAGGCACCAGUGCCCGCCAUCGUGCCCGGAGACAGUGCCGCGGAAGUGACAGUGACAGUCCUCGACGGAGCGGGGCAGCGGACGCUCACGUAACUUGAGAAGCAGGUGACAGGUGGCGGGUCACCAUGUCCGUCAUCUACCUGCCCUCGGAGCUGAAGGAGUCUCGGGCCCCCUCCUUCGCCUCCCUCCAACAGGACUUCAUUCCCCUGAAGCCCGGAAAGCCAGGGCAGCUGCUGCGCGGUCCGCGGCGCGUGGUCCGGCUGUGCGUGUUCGCGCUGCUGCUGCCCGCCACCCUCAUCACCAUACCGCUGUACGUGCGCCUGGUGCUGUACCCGCCCGCCCACUACCCCAUGAUGCCCACCGACCAGCGCCUCCUCGCCCGCCACGCCUCUUCCUUCUGGUGCCAGGCGCAGUCGACGCACAUGAACGGCUCCUUCACCAGUUACCUGACGAAGGGCAAGCCGGAGGUGGGGCCUGAGCGACGCACCUACGCAAUGCUCAAUCACCUCAAGGCGCAGGACGACGUCAAGGAAUACUGGGGCUUCUACUUCCUGCGCGGCUCCACCGUCACCAUCUCAACCUGCGCCAGGUGGGACGGCGGCCAACUGAUGAUCCUACGAGGCGUGGAAAACUUGCAUCGCUGUGCGUGGAUCGGUGAGGAAGACUCCUCCGAGGACAUGGCUGAGGAUGACGACGAUAUCAGUAACGAGCGGCACAGACUGGAGGCGCUGGGAAGGGCACAUGAACCCAGCGUCUUCCAGGCCGCUGAUAACAGUCCUGACCCUGAGGAAAGUCUUGGCGCUGAGGGCGCCACGCCCUCCGCUCUGCCAAUGCACUCCGAGGAGCGGCGGCAGGGCAUCACCAAGCUGCUGCGAAAGGCCUUGAAAAUGAGCAAAAGCAAUAAGGAGAUCUUGAGAAUACUUCACUCUGAAGGCAGAAAAAGGAAUUCCUUCGGGGAAAAACUCAAAGUAGACUCAGUUUUGGAAAACAGUACAGAGUCUUCGGAAAAUCAUAUGUUAGACGAAAUGACGAAACGCGACGGCAACAGCGGCAUGGCGACGGCGUCGGCACAGGAGACCCAGGGCGAGCAGGCGGUCCUCACUACUACCCCUGGCACGCCGGGGCGGCUGAGGAAGGCGAGUAAGAAACUGAAGGACGAUAUUUCGCGACGGGAGUGGCGGCGACUCAACAAGGGGAGGAAGAAGAAAAAAGGAAACAACAGAGACAAGAACCUUACCGAGGAAGAGCCGCCGGCCAGAACAAGACUCCGGCGGGAGGCGGCAGUUGCGGCGGCUGAAGAGGACACAAACGGAGCGUUUGAAGUGCUGGACACGGACGGCGUCCUUGACAUGUUAAGGCAGGAUGAGUCCAAGCCCAGCAAGCCACCCGCAGAGGAGAUAGCGGUGGGGGCGCAGGUCUUCUUCCCCGAAGGACUGAAAUUUGAGAGAGGAAAAUUCAAUCAGACGACAGCCAAUGACCACUCACGAGAAGAACACGUAUCGUCUUACUCCAGUAGCGAGGAGGCCCUGGCGAGCUGCGAGGGCGUCAUUCUGUCCCUGCCGCUGGUGCCUUACAGGAGCUGCAGCUACCAGAGUUUGGGCCUGAAUAAAAUCUCCUACGACAUCCCCAUCACCGGCACCUACUACUUCGUCUUCUCCAGUGACAACGAAAUCUAUGUCAACGACCUCUACUUCAACAUCACCAUGGAGAGGGUCGUGUACAACGUCACCAAGUCAGAGGAGAUGUGCCACAACACCACGGACUGCAUCAUGCCCCUCAGCUUCUGGUCCAACGAUCAGACGGUAGUGGAGGUGCCUCCUGAGGCCACCUGGGACCACUCCUACGUGAUGGAUAUCAAGUGUGAGCCGCGUGUGUACGUGUACUUGACCCUGCUCUUGCUGGUGCCGCUCUUUAUCUUAUGCUGUGCCUUUAACUGACCGCAUCCUCCACCCACCUCAAUACUGACGCCAAGACUUUACAUGUCACCUGUGAGCCAAAGGAUACUUAUGUUUCACUAUUCGUAAACUUGCAUUGGUGGUUACUGAUUUUUCUGAGGCUCAGAAAACCUUUGGAAUCUUUCCUUUCAUUUGGUCGUGUAGCUCAGGCGAGUCUCUAUCCAACUCCCUGUCGAAGGGGUUGGGGUACUGAUGACAUUCAGCACCUGGAAAGGCGGACGAGUCUGUACUACCAUACAUGUAACCUCAACACAUGGUGCUUUAAGGUAAUAUUAAGAGUUGAAGUGUCAGGACAGUGCCUAGAGCUCCCCUACCCAUGAGGUAAUGGCGGGUCACUCACCACUGUUUUAUUCACAAUGCUCAUUAUAUGUAUAACAAUACCUAACGUUUAACCCUCCCUCUUCACUUUUAGUCUUAUCCAUUUACUGUCACUCUUACUUAUAACGUGUCUUGUUGACCCUGGACACUGUAGGGCCCCGGCAGGUGUUGGGGCCGCGGCGUCCCUAAACUCUGGGCAACGCUGCUGUACGUUUUCUUCCCUUUUACUGGGUUGCGGGUGCUGGGCGGCGGCCGUGAUGCCUGAGACCAGAGGAGCCUCCUGAUUUUGAGGAGCGCCACACUAAGUCCCGGAUAUCAGCACACCGCUGCGUAGAAACAACACAGCGUCACGUGCAUUCCAAGAGAACCAAAUGAUCAGUACAAAGGUUUACAAAAGUGAACAACAAUCAGUAAUAUUUAUCCUCAAAACCCUAAACACUUCGUCUUGACACUACACAACAUAACACUGCCGGCUCAUUCGAUUCAGACGGUGAUGAAAUUCGCUGCCAAUUACUCAGAAAAGCAAUUCAUGAAAGGGAGCGACGAGAUGCCCACGCCCCUCACAGGAAAAAUGACCAAUCAAGUUUCACUCUUUAUUCCUUGAACCGUCUCAUCAAUGCACCGCAGACCGAAAACUGAAAACACACACACUUAAAAUAAUCACAAUGUCACUCACUACUAAUUUUGACUGUGUGUGUGUGUGUGUGUGUGUGUGUGUGUGUGUGUGUGUGUGUGUGCGUUGCGACCAAGGUGAGGCAGUGGGGGGGUAGGAGUGGGGGGUGACUGUGCAUGGACGUGACGCCGUGCAGCACACUGUCACAAGGAAUGCAAGAUGCUGUACAAGACUGCAUUUCAUUCACUAGGUUUAAUGUGCGAAUGUGUUUACUGUGUUCAGAUAUUUACGCGUAUAGACUUGGCCGGGGUGGGGCGGGGCGGGUGGGAUUGGAUGAGAUGCGCUUACUAUUAUAAACGCCACUAGUAUGCCCGCCCCGCCCCGCCUCAGGUAUAAACUAUAUAAUACUGUGAUCAGUCCUGCGUCACUCGUUGUUAUCGUUGUUGUGCGUGUCUCAGGACCAUAGGAAAGCACUGCGUCAUCCUCUGUGGAACGACGCAAAAUUGUUAAGACAAUGUGUAUAUAUACAAUAAACUUUGUUACGUCA